GCGGCUACUGAAAGCUUAACGUGGCAAGUAGGAGUUAAAAAUAAAAAAUGUUUCAGCAGGAUUCCUCACUCCAUGAAUGGCUGCUUUCCGGUUACAAUGUUGACUUUGUGUCUUUUUGUUGUGAGUAUCGAGCGGACUGAGUAACCCAAUCGUCCGUGCAGAGUAAGAAGAAUAACACCCUUGACAAUCAACAAAGAAUCUUGAACGGCAGGUCUUCUUUUGUUCAGGCCUUCACUUUCACGCCUCUCAUUCUCCGUCUGCAACGCAUUCGUGAAGCCGAUCGCUUCCCGGUAUCAUCUCGGCGAGCUCUCCGAGGCGCCGCAUCACCGCCGCCAUGCCUUCCAUGGGCAUGCAGAUGGCCGGCUGCACCUUGGCCCUCCUGGGCUGGAUCGGGGUUCUGAUCGCCUGCGGCUCGCCCAUGUGGCGCGUCACCGCCUUCAUCGGCAGCAGCAUCGUCACGUCGCAGACCAUGUGGGAGGGUCUGUGGAUGAGCUGCGUGGUUCAGAGCACGGGCCAGAUGCAGUGCAAGGUCUACGACUCCAUGCUGGCCCUGAGCCAGGACCUCCAGGCCGCCCGGGCCCUGGUGGUGGUCUCCAUCAUCGUGGGGCUCGCCGGUGUUCUGUUGGCCUUCGCUAGCGGCAAGUGUACCAGCUUCAUCCCGGACAAAAGGGCCAAAGCCAGGGCGUCGGUGGCCGGCGGGGUUCUCCUGAUCAUCGCCGGGUUCCUCUGCAUCAUCCCCGUGUCCUGGACCGCCAGCAUCAUCAUCAGGAACUUCUACAACCCGACGGUGGUGGACGCCCAGAAGAGGGAGCUGGGGUCUUCUCUCUACAUCGGCUGGGGGGCCGGGGGGCUUUUGCUGCUGGGAGGGGCGCUCCUGUGCGCCAGCUGCCCCCCCAAGAGGGACGAGGCACCAUCUGUGCACUACCUGAUGGAUAGGUCCAUGGGAGCGUAUAGCAAGGCUGACUCCAUGGGCUCGUACACGCCUACAAAAACCUACAUUUGAGAUGAGUCAAGCCAAAGCUUCAAAAGUCAACAGUGGGUGGUUUUACCCCAAAAAUUAAUCCAUAGGGGUGAGGUCAAAAAAAAAAAAAAACUUCUACCUACUUUGGAUUGCCCCGUAUUUAUUUUGACACUGAAAGGACAGUUAAGUCAGUGUUUUAAGAACUUGCCCAUGAUUUUUGGUGUUUGUCAUCACAGUAAAUGUGCUUUUUUUUGUUUCUCAUGCCUGUUGUUUUUUGACUUCAGUUCCAGAAGAACCGGUUUGUUAGACUCUUGGAUGACACUCUCUGCUUUGGGAACAAACUAAAGCAGUCAUUUUUAAAACGAGGGGUCCUGCAAGACAUAAUUUCGGUCCACAAAAUAAUUUCCUCUGAAGAAAAAUGUCAUUUAAAAAUAUAUAUUUAUUUACUCCAAUAAAACAAUAAUAACCCA